ACAAUUUGUAACCAUUAUUAUUAACGGUAAUUAGUGGUAAUGCUUGUGUGGCAUUCCGGAUUCCUGAUAUUGGUACUACUUAUUAUGAUGAUCGUAUUUGGUAAUUUUGUUGUCCUUCUUGCUGUACUCAUUGAUCGUGAAUUGAGACGAUUGGCAACAAAUAAAUUUAUUGCAAGUUUGGCUAUUUCUGAUCUUCUUGUUGGAAUUGUUGUUAUGCCAUUAUCACUUUAUGCUACGGUUAAUGAAAUCCGUUGGGAUUUAGGUGAUCGAUGGUGUCAAUUUCAUUUAGUUACCGGAGUUUUUUCAACAACUGCUAGCAUUGUUCAUCUUACUGCUAUAAGCUUAGAUAGGUAUUUUGCAAUAAUGUUUCCGACAGAAUAUCAACGACAUUCAUUAGCUACCAGUAUUUUUACAUACAUUAUCAUGAUAUGGCUUGUAUCAUUUGCUGUUAGUAGCACACUUUUCAUGGAGAAAUCAUUGGAUGAAGAUGGUUUUUGUUGGAUUAAAAAUCCACAAUAUUUGGUCUUAUCAUCAUUACUAUCAUUUUUCAUUCCUGGCGCUAUUGUCGUUUAUUUAUAUGUAAAAAUAUUUCGAAAAUUACGCAGUCAUCGUUUAUAUAUAUUUGGCCAAUUAGAUUUAUUAAAACGACAGCAAAAUAAUCCUUCUGGGCGAAAAAAUAAUCAAACAAAAUGUUUACCAAGUGUUACUGUUGAAGAGGUUAUUAGUCAACAUGGUACAAGAGUCAAACAAAUAAGUAAUACUGGCAAUGAUUGUAUUUGGAAUGGUACUUUAGAGACAAAAUUUGAAAAAUCAUCAAAUAAACAGAAUGCUACACAACGAAGAUGUUCUUCACCAGCUACAGUUGGUGAAACAUUGAAAGAAGAUCGUUUGAUAUCAUCAAAAAAACGAAUGAGUAUUACGUUAGAUCCACCAAGUAUGGAAUUAUCAGCAAUAACUACAAAUUAUCAAUCUAUUGAUAAUCAUUGUUUACUAUUGGAUCAUAUAACCUCUUUUACCGAUAAGAAUCCUCCCGAAGAUUCCAAUAUUAGAUAUGAUGAAAGCCUUCUGAAGACAUCUGUAAUUGGAAUAACUGAGAAUGAUUCGAUGAAGUUACCUGUUGUGAGUGUUUCUUUUAAUGAUUCAAAAACGCUCGAUGAAACAAGUAAUUCGAAGGAAUCAUUACCUGCUCUGGAAUCCUCAAUGUUAUUAGCUUUACCAAAAUCUGUUAGCAAUUUUCCUCCCACGCCUACGCUGUCAGCGUCAACUGUCGUUUCCCUCAAAGUGCCGAAAUGGGGUUGUUGCACAAGUCCUAUUUCAACAGUACGUUCGAAUUCAAGUCGCAGUUCUUGCGCUUCAACAAGUGACAGUGGCGACAUUUCUAGGAAUGUAAGUGGUAUGUGGCCAUCGUUACGUGCUGUCGUGUAUACGCAUGGUUCUAAUUCAUUAGCUGCUGCUAAAAAUCCAGUUACUGAUAAUAUUACCAGAUCAGAGGAACAACCUCGACGAGCAACAACAUCUCGAGGAAGAUUGAGAAAAAUCGCUCUUCAGGUAACACGAGCAAUCCGUCGAAAGCGUCGCGAAUCGUUGGCAAUAAGACGAGAAACUCGAGCUACAGGUGUUGUUGCUGCUAUACUUAUUGCAUUUUUGAUUUGUUGGAUUCCAUAUUUUUGCAUAACAGUGUAUCGUGGGAUUUGUACUGGUCUCAAUAUUCAAGUGGACAAACAUCUUCAUGUCAACCUAUUCAUGCUGUCAUCUUGGCUUGGUUAUGCACAUUCAUGUUUUAAUCCAAUCAUUUAUACAUGCUUGAAUAAGAAUUUUCGUCGUACAAUCAAACGAAUGAUCUGUUUUUUCUGUCAUAAAAAUCGUAAAAACCUAUGA